UUUUGCCGGUUUGCCUUAUCUAGCUCAACUCAUUUUCCUUUCGUACCUCGAAUCCAUCGCCGUCAAAUCACAGCUUCUUCCUCCUCUUCGUCGGCGGCGGCUAUGGCGUGUGUACCUAAUUCAUCGAUGACUCUUCUCUUUGUCGAAAUGGGCGUCGGCUACGAUCAACACGGUCAAGACGUAACCUCAGCUGCUAUGCGAGCCUGUAAAAAUGCAAUUUCAUCCAAUUCAAUACCAGCGUUCAGAAGAGGAUCUAUACCUGGAGUUUCAUUCGAUCAGAUGAAAUUGCAAAUCAAAUUAGGAGUUCCUCGGCCUCUACACCACACUCUAGAUCUGGAGAAAGUGAAAUCAGUGUUUCCUUAUGGAAGAAUCUCGAACGUUGAGGUCGUUGAUGGCGGAUUGAUAUGCUCCAGUGGUGUUGAAGUUGAAGAAAUGGGAGAUAAAAAUGAUGAUUGUUACAUUGUGAAUGCUGCUGUCUAUGUUGGUUACUGAU